AAGUCCCCAGUUCAGGAAAUGCAACAUUAAGGAAGAGGACGGUGAAUUGAGAUGUAAUGUAGCCUAAGAACAAAAUGUUUAAAUUCAGGAUGUAGUCGUCGCUUGUAGAGAACUCCAAUGUACUGUUAUUUAGCAAAGUGGCCGUACCGUAUUUAUAUAGACUCCCACCAUUUCACGUGACAAUAUUGAAGAGUUAGAAGAUGAGUUACCUGAGACACCUGGUGUUUAGCAGCAACACAUCGCUUUGCUGGCAUGUGAGUCAGACCAGGAUGUUUAGUGUUACCAAAAGCAGCAGGACAAUAAUGCCUGCCUGGGUCAUUGAUAAGUAUGGAAGCAAUGAGGUGUUGCGGUUCACUAGAAAUGCCAGUUUCCCUGUCAUAAAUUACCCCAAUGAGGUCAUCGUCAAAGUUUUGUCAGCAGGACUGAACCCACUCGACGUCAGCAUGAGAGAUGGCUACGGCGCCGCAGCCCUUUCUAUGAAGAGGGACCCUCUGCACAUCAAGCAGUUGGGCAGCGAGUUCCCCCUCAUCCUGGGGAGGGACGUGUCCGGGGUCAUCAUGGAGUGCGGCCUGGAUGUAAAGCACUUCAGAGAGCGCGACGAGGUGUGGGCGGCCAUCCCGCCAUGGAAGCAGGGCAGCCUGGCUGAGUUUGUGGUGCUGAGUGCCAACGAGGUAUCCCACAAACCAAAGUCCCUGAGCCACACAGAGGCCGCAGGCGUUCCCUAUGUGGCAACCACUGCCUGGUCGGCACUGGUCAACACCGGUGGGCUUAAUAAGGACAACUGUGCCAAGAAGCGGGUUCUGAUCCUUGGAGGGUCUGGGGGAGUGGGGACAUUUGCUAUACAGAUGCUGAAGGCUUGGGGAGCCCACGUGACCGUUACCUGCUCCCACAAUGCAGAGCGGUUUGUGAGGGGCCUGGGCGCGGACCACGUGGUGGACUACACCGCCGGGCCUGUCGAGGAGGCGCUCAGCUCGCUGGAGAAAUUCGACCUGAUCCUGGAUAACGUUGGGGGGGACACGGAGCGCUGGGGCCUCAAUCUGCUUAAGCCUUGGUGCGGCGCCAAGUUUGUUACCCUUAUCACGCCGUUCCUCCAGAACAUCGAGAGCUUGGGCAUUGCUGACGGCAUGAUGCAGUCUGCCGCCACGGUGGGCACCAAAACCCUCAAGCACCUUGUCAAAGGAGUUCACUACCGCUGGGGCUUCUUUGCACCCAGCGGCCCUGCCUUGGAUGAAAUAAGGGAAAUGGUGGAUGCAGGACAGAUUCGGGCUGUGGUGGAGGAGACUUUCAGCUUUUCCCAGGUUCCUCAGGCCUUGAAGAAGAUGGAAAACGGUCACGCUCGUGGAAAGACCGUGGUGCAGAUCAGCAAAGGGGGAGAAGACUUGUAGCACUGCCUGUUGGAGACUCUGUACAUCUCAGUGCACACUCAUAGUGAAUUCAACCCAUUGGAUGCAAUGUUUUCUCUUAUUGGAUCCACAGUGCCAAACACGGUACUUGGACAUGGUUGUUUGUGUGGGUUCAUGUGAGUGUGUAAAAUGCCUCUGUAUGUUUUUUUUAAUGGAAAAGUAAAAUAAUCUGAUUAAAGUAAUGUAACAAUUGAACUACUGUCAAUGUUUACUUUAAAGAACAGUUACUAGAGUUGGACCACUAUAUGAAUAUUCCCACAUGUUGUUAUGGUUUAUUGGCUACAGCUGGUUUAAACUAAUGCAUUCUAAUAAAAUGGCAUCACAGGUUCAUUGAGACA